GUGGACUGCCAAUGACUUGAGCAGAAAGGGCCACUCUGUUUUGUCUGAAUGGGAAGCGAUGCAUGUGACUCUUUUCUUGGAUUUCAAUGGAUGGGCCAAAGAUGAAAGAAAAAGCCGGGAAAACGGUCCGGUUCAGAGUCGCGUCCGCCAACAGUGGCCGAGUCCUGGCUGAGGUGUUCAAGGACGAGAGGACCUGGUGCGGCUCGGUUUCUGACUCUGCAGACUCGGACGGCACCGGCAGCAUGGAGGCAGAGCAGGGAAGUCUGCCGCCCGCCAGUGAGGCCAACAGGCACCUGAACGGCCUGGAGGCUGCCGCGGACGAGAACGGCUGCGAGUCCGAUGACCUGCUGCUGUAUGCCAGUGUCAAGAGGGAGAUGAUGUUCAGCAACAAGAGGAUCAACAUCUGCAGUAAGAACGGAACCAUCCGAGGGGUGAGGAACAAAGUGAGCGCAGGUCAAGUGCUUUUCAACAACCUCUCUAAUAUGUACUCUGGUCGUCAUCAGAGAAGAAGACCCUGGGAAAAGGAGUGACGGUUCAUGUCAGGCAAUGCCCUUCUUAAAUAUCUGGGACACUUCUUAGAGACUUAAUGCAAUGAAAGGAGUAAUUCUUUACUGAUUAUUGUGGAAUAUUAUUCUUGUUAAAGUGCUUCAGACAAAAUGAGAUGAAUUAGUAUAGUCAGCUUAAAAGAAAGUACACCCAUUUUUAAUGCUAAGGUCACUCUGGUCUUUAUCGGGAUCUAACUACUUCAUUACAUAAAUUAAACCCUUCAGCCUACAAGAACAAACAAGAGGUUGUAUACUAUGUACUAACAUUUAUUUGCAAAAAUGAAUAUUUGUAAGAAAAAAAACUAAGUACACCCUAUCAACGAGUGACAGUCGCUUGCAACUUUGUUGAAGAUUUUUUCUUGCACCUAUUCUUAUUCACAACAUUGCUCUUCAUUACUUCUAGCAUACUUCUCUUGAGGUCCCACCACAUGUUGAUUACUGCAUUUUUAGCCUUUCUGGUGUUCUGAUGUGUUCUACUGAUCAGCCAUCUUGGUCCAAGCCUCAGCUGUUGGAAAGGUGGCAUUGCACUUGACUCUAGACUUCUUCUAUAUACAGAAAAAUGUACAGUUGACUGGAAAGUGACAAGAUCGUGUGGUUGCAAAACAAGUUACAAUAUUCAUUCCUCCACUACUGUGCUCGACAGAAGGUCACAGAGAUGUUUGUGCUGAUAUGCUGUGUUUGGUUUUCUCCAAAUGUGGUGCUAAACAUCUCUGGUCUCAUCUGCACAAAGGAUAUUGUUCCAGAGUGUAUGUGUCAUUCAUUGCCAUAGUCUAUCUAGAGACAAAAAGAUUUAGGAAAUGGCCUUAUAAUCCUUCAGAGAUACAUGUGCAGCAAUGGCUUCUUCUCCAAGGUCAUUGGUAAUGUCUUUCCGUCUUGGCAUUGUGUUGACACCUUGUUUAAGAAAGAUUAAAGUAUCUUAAAUGGGAGAGUUUUGACUCAAACAGAGAAUGUCUAUAGCGUGAACGUCUGCCAGGGUGGAGUUCCAGAUUUUGGGGCUCAGUGCUCGACUCCACAUGGUGCUGAGACAGGUGGAAGGCACAGUGAGGUGGACGGAGGAGGAGGAUGACAUAAGGGAAUGGCUGGGGGUGGCAAUGUGCAAGAGAUCUGAUAGAGAAGGAUAGCUGAGGCUGUGAAUGAUUUUAAAUGAGCACAGAAGAGUCGGUUUAACUAGGAGCCGGUGCAGUCGCUGAAAGACAGUGACAACAUGGUGUAGCAAGGGGCUUUUGAUUAUAAUGCGUGCUGCUGAAUUAUGAACCAUCUGAAGCUUAUGGAGGGAUUUGUGAGGAAGACUGAGAAGGAGAGAGUUACAGUAAUCUGUAUGAUGAGGCUGUGAAUAAUAAUAGAAGUAGUAGAGGGGUUAGGACGUGAGGGAGGCGGUUUAUGUUGCAUCAGUGAAAAUAUGGAAGAGAGCAUUUGAGUAUGACUUUCCCUAAAACCUAUGAAGGUUUUAAGGGUGUACUUAGAUUUUUUUUUAAAUUAUUAUUGCUAUAUUUUUAAAACCAAAUUUACCAUUUGGGUUUCAUUUUCAUUCAUUAAAUAAUGACAGUUGUGUUUUUUCACUGACAUUGGAUUUAACUAAUGCUAAAACUAUUUAAGCCAGAUCAUUUUUAUUACAUCCUAGUCCACUGUACUUUCUUUUUUAGUAAGACAGUUAAACAAACGGAUUUUUUUUUUUUGUGAUGCUGCUAUCUCAACAUUUUAACACCAUACCUAAAAAUGAAAGACUGAGAAAUCAACAAUUACUUCAAAAACUACUAUAUCAACUGUAUGAAGCAUUAUCAUAAUGUUAUCAAUGUUUGUAAAUCUCUAUGGCUCAUCGUAACAUAUUAGUUUGUGAAAGUUGUGUGAUAUAUCUGCAUAUUCUGGAUUCGGUUAUGAAAAUGUUUUAUAAAUUAUUAUUUCUAACAAAAUUCUAAGAUAUUUCUAAAAACAUUGGAACCUGCGGAUGAUUAUAAAUUUUUGCUUCAUUCUGAUUAUUUAUAAAAAGUCAUUUUACAUCAAAAGUCAUCUCAUGGCAUCACUAAUCACACGCAACAGCUCAGUUUGACCUAAUGCUUUCUCAGUAAAGAUGUUUCCUUAUUGCUCAGAGAUACAGAAGGAGUACUUUUUGUAAUUUACGAUGGUUUCUUUUUUGUAAAUUGUAAAUUGAAUGUGAGCCAGAAAGUCAUGAGACUUUGUCACACACGUCAUAGCUGACAUCUGAAGCGUUUUUGUAAACAUUUUGUAAUUAUGAUGGAUGGAUGUGAUAAUUUCUUUUAAUUCUUUUAGCAUUUUCACUGGAUUGGAGUGGACAUUUUUACAAAAACAUGCUCAUGAAACUCAUAAACCAAUUUUGUCAAAUAUUAGAAAAGCAAUGUUGUAUGAGUAACAAUAACAAGUAGGUGUAAAUGAAUUAAAGACAGAGAGGAUGAAGUUUCUCAUCAUUCAUUUUAAUCAUUCUGAAUAAACAAAUAAAAAAAGA